UGAUUGAUUCUCAUAUUUAGAGAAAUCUUUUCGUAUUAAUAAUUAAUAAUUUUAUUUUAAACCGACUUCCUAACAAAGAUCGAAGUCAGUUGAUGCAAUAAUGGCAAUGGAUAUUACAAAAUUAUGUCGAAGUUGCAAGAAAGAAGUCGCGUCUUGGGAAAAGGAAAAUUUUGAUGCGCAAGUUGUGAAAAUGUUUUGUUUUUCCACAAAUAUUGAGAUUACUGAAGGGGACAAACUACCAAAGCAAUUCUGCUAUGAUUGCGUAAUAAAAAUUGAGUCUUCAUACACAUUUAUUAAGGAGGCUCAAAAUGUAAAUGUUACUUUGAAAAACAUGGUGUCAAGAAGAGAAAGAAGUAUAAUUGUCGAGUUAGAAAACAGCACCAGGCCGACAACGGGACCAUCUACUUCAAAAAAUCAUCUAAAUCUUACACUGCCUGAUUAUAAGCUAUCUAGUACAAUAGAGAGCUCUGAGGAACCAUUAUUAAUAAAUAACACAAAUGAAUCUAUAGAUUUAACGAAUGAUAAUAUUCCUCCAGAUCCAAAAACUCAAAAUUUGAUCAACAAUCCACCUGAGUCUAAUGUAGAGUCAAAAGAUAUAAAACAUGACAAAAACCAAGCUGGCGAUGAGAAACAUAUGUGUACUACCUGCAAAAAAAGUUUUACAUCUCAGGUGUGGCUUGCUAAGCAUAUGGAAAAGGAGCAUUCUGGUCAAGAAUACCACUGUACACAAUGUAAUAAAACAUUCACUAAACCAUCUCAGCUGGCAUACCAUGCCACAACCCACUCGAAUGAGCGCAAGUUUGGCUGCAAUUUGUGUAAUAAGACGUUCAAGAGAUUGAAGCAACUGACCGUACAUGUACGGUCACAUUCCGAUGAAAGGCCAUACUGCUGUGAUAAAUGUCAAAAGAGGUUUAAACUAAAAAGUAUAUUAAAGUGCCAUAUGAACGUUCAUGAAGGGCGUAAGCAGUACCUAUGCAACUACUGCGGAUGGGCGUUUGCACAGGCCGGAAACUUGUCCGUGCACAUCCGGCGACACACAGGAUGUCGGCCACACGCAUGCGGGGAGUGCGAGUACCGUGCGGCGGCAGGCGCUGCGCUGCGCCGGCACGCCCGCAGACACCGCCCCGAAGUACCCGCACCAACACUGCUCUGUGCGCAUUGCUCACAGCAGUGCAAGGACUCUAGUGCUCUGGCGCGUCACAUGCGCACGCACACAGGCGAGCUGCCGUACCAGUGCGGGCGAUGUCAGCGCGCAUUCUCCGACAGCUGGAAGCGCAAGACGCAUCUCAUGCGCGCGCACGGUCUCGCGCUCCAUGAAAUCCCUCGUCUCAGCAGGGACGGCACCCCGUACCAGCCGCAACUAUCCAAACAUAUUUAAACCCCACACUCACAUGGGGAUGGCACCCCGCACACACCUACACAUAGCAUCCUGCACACACCUUGAGACUGCACUCCACAAUGCCACCACUACCCGUAUACCCGUAGGCAACAGUAAGGGUAGUUGGAUAUAGUUGUAAAUACCCGUAAACUGUAGUAAAGUAUAUGUGAUUUUGUCUAUACAUAGGAAUGUAAGGUAAUGAUAGGUUUCAAAAGCUAUUACAUUAAAUGAAAGUAGAUAUUAUACUUGUUACCAGAUUUUUUGAAAAAUCUGAAUGUAAUGUAAAAUGUAGGAUGAUACAACUAAUCUAGAUAUUAGAGUAUACUCUAUAAAAAAAUUAUAUUUUAUCUGUGUUACAUCAAAAUAUAUUAUCUCUCUUAGAUUAACAUGUUAAGAAUAAUCAAUUAAGGAUGUAUGUAAGAUUGUAAGCUAACAGAGCUUUAGAUAUUUCUUUGCAAUAUGUUGCAUAAAAAUGCAAAUAUUUGGUUAUAUUUUAUUUACUAA